UCAAACGCUUCGAAGUAUUUGUAGUGUCAAGUGGACCGCAGCCGUAAAUGCUUCAAACCAUUUGCAGUAUCAAAUGGACCGUAGUCAUCAGCUGAUCGGCUAACAACGUGAAUUGUAACGUGGAAUAACGACGACGUGAUAACGAACGUAAAUAUCGGAGUCAUCGGAGCAGCUUUACAGAAGGAAAUAGACAAAAUGCCGCGUAUCAGACCGUCGGACCAGCCACCCAAAGUUUGGAAAACAAUCGAGAAGAAGGAUAAGGAUGGGAAAGUGAUGAAAUUCACGAUUCAGGAGAUUCCCGAGGACCGGUACGAGGAAGCGGUUCAACACAUGUGCAAUUAUUUCUUAGCCGAUGAAGUAACCUGUGCCUGUUUAAACGCGAAAAACGAUCCUUUAUUUGUACAUGAUGUAAGCACGAUAUGGCGCCUAUUACUCGCAGAAGGCAUAUCCAUAGCUGCAUACCUCGACAAUCCCAACGGUGGAAAACCCAUACUCGCCGGUAUGAACGCUCUGGGUGUUGACAAUAAAGAUCAGAAAGACAGUAUUUCCGGCUACCAGUUUAAGUCAGAGAACUGCAAAAUUACGUUCGAUAUCAUAGCCAGUGCGACGAAGGUGGUGUACGAACGUUAUGGAGUUGACAAGUAUUUGUACGCUAUCGGCCUCAGCGUUGACCCCGAUUAUCGUGGAUAUGGAUUAGGCAAGGAUAUUUUGAAAAUCAGGGAUCUUAUCGGACCUAUGUACGGAAUACCAGCGACAUCCACCGCGUUUACAUCGAUAAUUUCGCAGAAGUCGGCGGCGGGUGCAGGAUUUGAAGAAUUUCUGACGAAAAAGUACGUCGAUUUGGUUGAUAAGGAUGGAAAAGAAUAUUACCCCGGCAUUAAGUCCGAGAAUUUUAAAAUCAUGGGUAAAAAAUUGCUUUAAUAUGAUCAAACGAUAUCCAAAAAUUAGAGAUUAAAAUUUUGUAACUUGAAGUUGCGUUUUAUAAUUUCUAUUGCAAAUUGCUCCAAAUUCCUCAACGUUAUCUAAUGCAUUGAAAUGAGUAACAAUACAGGGCAUCUUUUCGAUACAUUAUUAUCAGUACUUUCUUUCGAAAUGCAAGCAAAUCUAAUUUCCAUUCUAAAGAAGAUGCAUUUGUAAUAUUUAGAUGCUUUUGGAAUGGAUUUAAUAUUAUUGCAUAAUAUUAAUAAUAUCUCCUGUAUACGGCAAACGAUGCACAUAACACGAAAAUCCCAACGAAAUAAUGUUAAAUAUCCGCCUGUAAAAUAAUGUAUGCUAGAUUGAUGCAAAAUACAAUGAAAGAACGUAGGCAUAUUUUAUUUGAAAAUAAAAUUUCUAUAACUUUA